AUGAGUCGCUUUACGGACGCCGAAUCAGUGGCAGAUGUUCCGUGCGGUAGAAGCGAAAGUGGAAUACGAUCGGCGCGAAUUGUCGGAGGUCAAGAAGCUGCGCCGCGCGAAUUUCCAUGGCUUGUGAGCAUCACAAGGAAAGGCGGACACUUUUGCGGCGGCGCCAUCCUGAAUGAGAGAUUCGUAUUAACCGCAGCUCAUUGUUUAUGCUCCGGCACGAGCAAGAUUCCGGUAGGACAAUUGCGAGUGACGCUGGGCGAGCAUAAUUUAAAGGCUCCGGAAGUGCCGGCCGCAAGACACGAAAGCAUCAUAAACGCGGUGUUGCAUCCCGGUCACAGGUGCGGCAAGUAUGUAGACGAUAUUGCGCUGUUGGAACUAGCCAGACCGAUCGCUUGGUCGGAAAGCGUGAAACCCGCGUGUUUACCUGUGGCCACAGGAAAACCAGGGUAUAGCGCCUUCGGCGGUGAGCACGCCAUCGUGGCGGGAUGGGGCUGGCUCGGCGAGGAUAGAUCCAGAUACAAGAGGGCGGAUGUGCUGCGGAAGGUGGAGGUCCGCGUGGUGACGAACGCCGUGUGCAGCGAGUGGUACGCGAGCCAGGGCAGGUCGACCCGCGUCGGCUCGGCGCAAAUGUGCGCCGGCUACGAGGAAGGAGGGAAGGAUUCUUGCUGGGCCGACAGCGGCGGGCCCUUGAUGGUCGGAAGCCGUCCUGGCGGUAGCGCAAUGGUCGUAGGAGUGGUCUCCACCGGCAUAGGCUGUAGCAGACCGCGGCUUCCUGGCAUUUACACGCGUACGUCGGACUACAUUUCUUGGAUCACGCAAGAGGUGAGGUCUCGUCGGUGA